ACUAUUAUUUGAGGGAUGUCAACACGACUGUUUCUUGUACAUGGCCUGCUAUACACAACCUGCUAAGCUUAUAUAUAUUAUAUAGCGUAUUGGCCAUUGCAGCUCGACCACCACAACUCAAUCAGACACAAUUUUUCAUAUUUACUUAAGCUUUUUGAGUUAGUAGUCGGUUCCUAAUAGGCUUUGAAAUUGUGAAAGACGUAUAUGGCAUCAUCGUCAUCGUCACCUCCACCGCCUUUAUCGAAGGAGGAGGAGGAUAUAGUCAGCGAGUUAGGGAAGACGGAUACGAAAAGUGAUGAUCUUCCUGUGAUUUCGAGUUACUGGUCGAUUCCUAGGCCCAAAAUUGUGAAAGAGGAUGGCACUAACUGGACUUGGAAUUGCUUUAUGCCUUGGGAGACUUAUGAGGCAGACUUGUCAAUUGACCUCAGCAAACAUCACAUACCAAAGUCGUUUACAGAUAAAAUUGCCUACAGGACUGUGAAACUUCUCAGAAUUCCAACUGAUAUUUUCUUUAAGAGGCGUCAUGGUUGCCAUGCAAUGAUGCUUGAAACAGUUGCAGCUGUUCCGGGUAUGGUUGGUGGAAUGCUGCUGCAUUUAAGAUCUCUCCGUAAGUUUGAGAAAAGCGGUGGCUGGAUCAAAGCGUUGCUUGAAGAAGCCGAGAAUGAAAGGAUGCACCUAAUGACGAUGCUUGAGCUUGUGCAGCCCAAAUGGUAUGAAAGGUUAUUAGUUCUCGCUGUCCAGGGUGUUUUCUUCAACUGUUACUUUAUUCUCUAUUUGUUGUCUCCUAAAGUUGCACACAGAGUUGUUGGUUACCUCGAAGAAGAAGCAAUUCACUCUUACACAGAGUAUCUAAAGGAUAUAGACAAUGGCUCAAUUAAGAAUGUACCCGCUCCUGCUAUUGCUAUCGACUACUGGAGGCUGCCAAAGGAUGCCACCUUGAAGGAUGUUAUAACUGUCAUCCGGGCUGAUGAAGCUCAUCACCGUGAUGUUAACCACUUCGCUUCUGAUAUCCAUUUUCAGGGAAAGAAAUUGAAAGAAGCACCAGCUCCUAUUGGUUAUCACUAA